AUGGGAGACAUGGGAGAUCCACCAAAAAAAAAACGUCUGAUUUCCCUAUGUGUUGGUUGCGGCAAUCAAAUUCACGAUCAGUAUAUUCUGAGGGUUUCUCCGGAUUUGGAAUGGCAUGCGGCGUGUUUGAAAUGUGCGGAGUGUAAUCAGUAUUUGGACGAGAGCUGUACGUGCUUUGUUAGAGAUGGGAAAACCUACUGUAAAAGAGAUUAUAUCAGGUUGUACGGGAUCAAAUGCGCCAAGUGCAGCAUCGGCUUCAGCAAGAACGACUUCGUGAUGCGCGCCCGCUCCAAGGUGUACCACAUCGAGUGUUUCCGCUGCGUGGCCUGCAGCCGCCAGCUCAUCCCCGGGGACGAGUUCGCGCUGCGGGAGGACGGGCUCUUCUGCCGCGCGGAUCACGACGUGGUGGAGAGGGCCAGCCUGGGCGCCGGCGACCCGCUCAGCCCCCUGCACCCGGCGCGGCCGCUGCAAAUGGCAGCCGAGCCCAUCUCCGCCCGGCAGCCGGCCCUGCGGCCCCACGUCCACAAGCAGCCAGAGAAGACCACCCGCGUGCGGACUGUGUUGAACGAGAAGCAGCUGCACACCUUGCGGACCUGCUACGCCGCCAACCCCCGGCCCGACGCGCUCAUGAAGGAGCAACUGGUGGAGAUGACCGGCCUCAGUCCCCGCGUGAUCCGGGUCUGGUUUCAGAACAAGCGGUGCAAGGACAAGAAGCGGAGCAUCAUGAUGAAGCAGCUCCAGCAGCAGCAACCCAAUGACAAAACUAAUAUCCAGGGGAUGACAGGAACUCCCAUGGUGGCUGCCAGUCCAGAGAGACACGACGGUGGCUUACAGGCAAACCCAGUGGAGGUGCAAAGUUACCAGCCGCCUUGGAAAGUACUGAGUGACUUCGCCUUGCAGAGUGACAUAGAUCAGCCGGCUUUUCAGCAACUGGUCAAUUUUUCAGAAGGAGGACCGGGCUCUAAUUCCACUGGCAGUGAAGUGGCGUCGAUGUCCUCUCAGCUCCCAGAUACACCUAACAGCAUGGUAGCCAGUCCAAUUGAGGCAUGAGGAACAUUCAUUCAGAUGUAUUUUUUUCCCUGUUGGAGAAAGUGGGAAAUUAUAAUGUUGAACUCCGAAACAAAAGUAUUUAACGACCCAGUCAAUAAAAACUGAAUCAAGAAAUGAAUGCUCCAUGAAACGCACGAAGUCUGUUUUAAUGACAAGGUGAUAUGGUAGCAACACUGUGAAGACAAUCAUGGGAUUUUACUAGAAUUAAAACAACAAACAAAACCCAAACCCAACAUAAUGCUAUCCAAUGACCUUAGGAGUACUGAAGAAAAAAAAAAGACGUUUUUAAAACGUAGAGGAUUUAUAUUCAAGGAUCUCAAAAAAAGCAUUUUCAUUUCACUGCACAUCUAGAGAAAAGCAGAAAUAGAGAUUUUCUAGUCCAUCUUAUUCUGAAUGGUGCUGUUUCUAUAUUGGUCAUUGCCUUGCCAAACAGGAGCUCCAGCAAAUGAGCAGAAAGAGAAACUGGCCUCUUUGGCUGAAAGAGUCCUUUCAGGAAGGUGGAGCUGCGUUGGUUUGCGAUGUUUUUAGUUGACUUGAACAAGGGGUUAAUUGAAAUCCUGGGUCUCUAGCAUGUCCUGUAGCUGAUUUCUUUUUUCCUUUUGCCCCUCCCCCUCUUUUUUUUUGAGAUCCAUCCUCUAUCAAGAAGUCUGAAGCGACUUUAAAGGUUUUUGAAUUCAGAUUUAAAAACCAACUUAUAAAGCAUUGCAACAAGGUUACCUCUAUUUUGCCACAAGCGUCUCGGGAUUGUGUUUGACUUGUGUCUGUCCAAGAACUUUUCCCCCAAAGAUGUGUAUAGUUAUUGGUUAAAAUGACUGUUUUCGCUCUCUCUGGAAAUAAAGAGGAAAAAAAGGAAACUUUUUUUUUUUGUUUGCUCUUGCAUUGCAAAAAUUAUAAAGUAAUUUAUUAUUUAUUGUCGGAAGACUUGCCACUUUUCAUGUCAUUUGACAUUAUGUUUUGUUUGCUGAAGUAAAAAAAAAAGAUAAAGGUUGUACCGUGGUCUUUGAAUUAUAUGUCUAAUUCUAUGUGUUUUGUCUUUUUUCUUAAA